UCCAUGUCUUGGGCAUCUCCUCAUAGAGUGCACCAAGCAAACAUAUCAACACACGAAUUUUUCGUCAUUUAAAAUCAACGAUAGAGAGCGAAAUAUAUAUCAAUUUUUUUUAAUGAGAAAACACGAUUUUUGUGGUGUGCCAACAAAAAAGAUAGAUCAAAAAUAGAAAACAAAGUCCAGUAACGGUAGUUUGAACGGUGCACAAGCCAUAAUCGUAGUGUGCAGAUCUGAUUUACUGAACUCUGUGUUGUUGUAUUUAAUUUUAAAAUUUAAUUCAAUAAGAAAAACUAGUUUAUUUUCGGCUGUGCUAAUUUUAAUGAUAAAAUUAAAAAUGGAUAGAGGUGCACGUCCCAUUAGAAGUAGAAAACACAAUAGAAGAUCAUGGACCCCUGUUCAAGGUGAUUCAAAUAGGCCAAUCAAACGUCUUUUUACGCCAGAAAUAAAACGAAUGCUAAAAGAUUGGCUGGUACGACGACGUGAGAAUCCAUAUCCAUCACGCGAAGAAAAAAAAUCCUUAGCACAAAAAACUGGCUUGACUUAUAUUCAGAUUUGCAAUUGGUUCGCAAACUGGCGUCGAAAAUUGAAAAAUGCCGGAAAAGAACCGCAAAAAAAUACAUGGGGCCAUCUUAUCAAAAACUACAAUAAUAAUGCACGCGGAAAUGUGGAACAAUUCAGUAUUUGUUCAAGCGAUAGCAUUUGGGAAGAUGAAGAACGUCGCAAUGAAUAUAUUGAUAGUAAAAUUGGCAUAAAACGUACAAUGACAAAUUCACCCAUGUAUUUUAAUAGUUUUAUUCGAUUCGAUGAAAAUGCUUAUGUGAAUGCAACGUACAAAACGAGUAACACCGAUAAAAACGUCAUACAAUCAAAUGUGGAUGAAAAAUGUGACGCCACAGACGUUUCAAACGAACAAUGUUAUCAGUUUGCUGGGAUUGAUCAUUCACAGGUAAGCUCGACUACAAACAACAACAACAUCAAUGAUUCUGUGGUGCACACAAAAGCAAACACGGAUACAACAGAAACCGAAUCGAAACAGCCACCGAAUAAUAAUAAUAAUUGCUUCUCAAAUCCAAAAUAUAAAAAUCAAAUUAUGGAAAAAUAUCUACAAAGUCUGGAUGGUAAUGGCACAGGAGAGAGAAAAGGUGGACUCGAAUUGUCAAAAUGGCUUGAGAGCACCGCCAAAUUUACACCCGACAAAAAUAAUUACAUCGAAUGGGACUCGAAAAAAAUGUGUUCCAAUAAAGAGGACUAUCAAGAUCAGUAUAUGGCCGAGAGUAAUAUGGGCAGUAUUCAUCAGAAAGAUGAAUUAGAUGCCGCGGAAGCACUAACCUAUCUUGCCGGAAAUUUCAAAAGUCGAUGGGUGAAAUGAAGGCUUGUUAUUGUGGAAGUGAUUGAGCGAUAUCGUUUAUUAACGCAUUCCACCACGGAAUCCUUAGCUACUCGAAAUCUUAAUCAUUUUUAAUUACAUAUACAUAUAUAUUUUUUUAAACUUAUGCGAAGCAAACGAGAAUUUUUAAGUACAAUGAUUGUUGAAAUAUAUUUUUGUUGAGAAUUUUACCAAA